AUGUAAAUAUGAAUAGAGUUGCAGUUAUGUAGAUAACAAUAGUUAUUUGUUGUUAAAAUGUGUAAAAGAAUGGCUGAGUUAAUGACUUUUUAUUAAACCGGUUGAGCAUAUUAUACUGUAGAGUACGAGAUUAUUUGUGCAUAAGAAAAAAGAGGGGAAGAAUAAAAAGAAUGUUAUGUGGAGACGAAGAAAAUGCUGAGGAAAAAAACUAAUGCAAAAAUAGAAUAUAUGAUAUUCUAGUUAAAGUAACGUGCAGUGUAGACUUUCAACUGUGAGUGAGUCAUAUCAUGACAGUAUAUAUAAAGUUAUUGCAUCGAUUACUCGAGUUGAGAUAAAUCCGGAGAUAUGUUAUCUAAAGUAAAUUUUAAAUUUUUUCAUUCAUUUUUUCAUCAAUAAAUGCAUGAAACUUUUCUCUGUGCAGGCGGCUGGAAGCAGUAUCCGAAUCUUUCUCGGACUGGAAAUAGCAAUCACAUUUUUCAAGCUGAGCGUUAAUUAACGUUGAAAUAAAAAAUUAGCGAUUGAAGAUUGAGGAUUGACGAUUUACCAAUUGGAAAAAUAAAUAUCCAAGUGGAUGAACAGGCGACGAAGAGUAAGCUACAGCGUGAUGGAGGGUAAAAUAAAUAAACAAAUGUGUUUAUCAUCGUACAUUAAAGUACCAUUACCAUCAGGAGAAUUAGAAGAGCUUAUCGAAAAAGCACAGGAUUGGGCAAUUAUGCACGGAUUAUCUAUACGAGAAAAUACAAACUUGAGGAAGGAUUCGAUGCAGUUUGCACCAUUCGCUCUCCUGCCCUCCGCUUUUCCGAGAUUACAAUUCCAAGAUGCAUGCCAAAUCCAAACUGUUUUGAAUGGAUUAAUCCACAAAGUAGCACACGAUUAUGAAUUUUUAAGGGAAACUCUCGCACCGACCAUUUCCGUCGAUCCCUUUACCCGGAAACUUUUUGACAUUUAUCAGACUGUUUACAAAGAGGGCUUUACACAGAAGUUAUCAUUGGGAUUAUUCAGAUCUGAUUUUAUGUUGAACACAGUCUGCGGUAAUUAUAAUUACGAUGAGAGCCAAGAAAAAGAACUGGAUCGAAAGAGCGAGGAAAAAGAAGAAGAAAUGAAAGCUGCAGUUGAGGGAGAGACGGGGGAGUGUUACGACCCGGAACUCAGAAAGACGAAAUCAUUCUGCUGUUGGAAACAAGUUGAAAUUAAUACAAUAGCUUCGGGUAUGGGGUGGCUUGGUACUGUUGCCACUAAAUUCCAUAAAUUCGUAUUGCAUGAACUGGGUAUGAAAAAUUUAAUCGAAUAUUUGCCGGAAAAUAAUGCAAUUGAGGGACUGUGCUGCGGAAUGCUAGAGGCGUGGAGAAUGUAUAAUGAUCCAAGAGCUGUUAUUUUAUUUGUCGUCGAGGAGUUCUCGACAAAUAUAAGUGACCAACGGGGACACGAAUUCGAAAUAAAACGUCUGAAUCCUGAUGUUAAAGUCGUGAGGCGAACAUUGAAGCAGCUGACGAUUCAGGCAAAGCUUAGCUCCAAAAAAGAAUUGAUUUUAAAUGAUAGCACAGUAGUCGCUGUUGUUUAUUAUCGGUAUGGAUAUUCACCGGAGCAUUACACUGAACAAGAAUGGAAGGUACGGUUAUUGAUAGAGCGAUCCCUGGCCAUUAAAUCCCCAUCGAUUCAAUAUCACCUGGCUGGUACUAAAAAAGUACAACAGGCAUUGGCUAAAUCCGGUGUUGUUGAAAAAUUUUUCCAAGAUGAGAAAAACGUUGAGCGCGUUAGGAACAUUUUUACAGGUCUUUAUUCAUUAGAUUUUGAUGAAAAUGGAAACAGAGCUUUUGACAUGGCAGUACGUAAUCCGGAAAGAUUUGUCCUUAAACCGCAACGUGAAGGCGGUGGUAAUAAUAUUUAUGGAAGUGAUAUUAAAAAAUUUUUAAUUACUAUUAAAAAUUCUCAAGAGCGUAAUGCAUGGAUUUUAAUGGACAGAAUUUAUCCACCGUCACAAUUAAAUUACGCAAUUACUGUAAAAGAUAGUACUAGUAAUAAUAUAUUAAAAGAAUUAACACCAGAGGUUGGAAUUUUUGGUGUUAUUAUCGGCGAUGAUAAAAAUAAUAUAUUUGUUAAUAAACAAGCUGGGCAUUUAUUUAGAACGAAAAAAGCAGACUCUAAUGAAGGCGGAUUAAUGGCUGGCGCUGCCGUUUGCGACAGUCCGUUUUUAAUUGAUUAAGUUAUGAGUUAGACUUUAUAUUAGUGAAAGUUAUUAGUUUAAAAAAUAUUUAAAUUAAUUCAUUUUUAAGAUAAAAUAAAAUAUUUUUGUAAAAAUUUAUGUAUCUUAUUCCUUUGUAGCAAUAAAGUUGAUAUAA